UCAAGGGUCAGCACACGGAGACUCUGCUGGCCGGCUCCCUCGCCAAAGCCUUGUGCUAUAUUCAUAGAAUGACCAAAGAAGUUAAAGAUAAUCAGGAGAUGAAAUCAAGGAUAUUGGUGAUCAAGGCGGCGGAGGACAGCGCGCUGCAGUACAUGAACUUCAUGAACGUCAUCUUUGCGGCGCAGAAGCAGAAUAUUUUGAUUGAUGCCUGUGUUUUGGACUCCGACUCAGGACUCCUCCAGCAGGCUUGUGACAUCACAGGAGGGCUGUACCUGAAGGUGCCCCAGAUGACGUCUCUGCUGCAGUACUUACUGUGGGUUUUUCUCCCUGAUCAAGAUCAGAGGGCACAGCUAAUCCUCCCGCCCCCAAUUCACGUUGACUACCGGGCGGCUUGCUUCUGUCAUCGGAAUCUCAUCGAGAUCGGCUACGUGUGCUCUGUGUGUCUAUCCAUUUUCUGUAACUUCAGCCCCAUCUGCACCACGUGUGAGACUGCCUUUAAGAUUUCUCUCCCUCCUGUGCUGAAGGCCAAGAAGAAGAAACUGAAGUCAUCUGUGUGACACAGCAGAUUUCUUUUGAGGCUGUUUUGUCUUAUUUUGGUACCGGGACUCAAACUCAGGACCUUGUGCUUGCCAGGCAGGUGCUUGCGCCUCUGAGCUACAUCCCCGCCCCUUGAAGGCUGUUCUGACUAGAAAGCGUGUGGAAGAAUCUUGGUAGGAAGACUGAAAAACCCAGCUCUGGGCAGGUUGGUUCUAGUACUGCGAGCGUCCAUGGGAAAUCGUCCACAGCAGCCCCCUGGGCCUGCGCUCCGCGUCCUGAAGUGUGCUCUGGCCCAGGGAGAGUGCAGGUCUGUGACUUCUUCAGUGUGCUCAUUGGUCAAAGCCGGCGUGGAGACUGCCCUGGGCGGGGCCCUCUGCCCCACCGUGCGGCUCAUGUGGCUCACCGUGAUGCUGGAGCAGGCGCUAGAGGCAGGGCGGCCGGCCGAGCUGCAGCUGUAACCGCGGCAGAGUGCCAGGCAGGUUGCCUUUUCAGUGGUCAGUCGGAAAUAAUCCUUGAGCCUACUGGGGGUGGGGGGUGGGGGUGUUGUGAGCUCUGCAGGUAUUUCUUCUCCUGUCUGAAAGUGCCAAGUGUCAGGUCUGUUCCUGAAAUACUUUGUCCCCGAAUAACUGCAGCCUGACUUCCAGUGUGUAAGGUGCGCCGGGGCCGCAGGCUGCUUGCAGAUGUGCUUGGCUGUGGGCAGGGCGUACUUGUGAAAGGCAACAGUGGGUUCUGGGGGAGAAUUCACCGGGGGAAGUGAACUCUGCGUUACCUGUUGUCUGCACGUGGAAUCUUGUGUUUUUUUUAAAAAAAAAAAUUAGGGGGAAAAACAUUAAUAGCUGGGCAUAGUGUCUAUCACCCGCCUGACAUCCCCACAGUCUGGGAGGCUGAGGUAGGAGGAUCACAGGUUCCAGCCCAGCCCUGGCAACUUAACUAGAACCUGUCAAAAAUAAAAACUGAAUCAGGCUGGGAAUGUACCUCCAUGCAGAGGCCCUCAGGCAAUCCCCAGGACCCAAUAAUGCCCAUUGAUGAGCUCAAUACUGAAACAUACCUAAGUCCAAAAGAAAUGUU